AUGAGUACGAGUGUUCAGGUGCUGCGCUACGCUACGGCUGACCCGUGUGACAGAACACGUGUUCUGCAGUCGCGGCUGCCGCUGACGCUGUUGCGGCUGCGGGCUCUGCCUGCCGACGGCUCCGCGGCCGCGCGUUUCCGGGCCAACAGCUCGCUGCCCUCCUGGCUGCAGCUCGACUCCAACUCUGGCCGCCUCUACCUGGUAGCCGCUCCCCAGUUCGCAACACCAGGCAACACUGAAGUCGUUGUGACGGUGACCGCCAUGGAAGACGGCGUAGGCGACGCGGAGGUGGACGCGCCGCCGCCGCCGUGGGCUGUGGCGACCGUGCGUCUUGUGGCCGCCGGCAGCGGCGCCUGCAACGUACCGCCACAGGAGGCGUGCCUGUGGCGGCAGGCGACGCUGCGGGUGCUGGAGAACUUGCCAGCCGGCGCGCCGCUCGGGACGCUGGGCCCGCCGCCUCUGUGUGCGCGUCUGGGGACGGGGCGCUGCCACCGAGUGUACGCCGGCCUCAACGCGUCACUGGACGGAGUUUCGGUGAGUCCGAGCCCGCCGGCACUGGGCGGCGCGCUGGAGGCUCUCACGUCGCGGCCGCUGGACCGGGAGGACCCACAGCUGGAGCAGCCACAGUGGCGGCGGAUGGCGGCGGCCGGCGCCGCGAUGUCCCUGGAGGUGCUGGACGCCGACGACAGCGCGCCCGCCACCAUCAACGACGGACAUCUCUACAGCAGCCGCCCUGGCGGACUCCUGCACAAGGGCGAGCUGCUGGGCACGGUGGUGCUGCAGGACGCCGACUCUCCCGCGGUCAACCGCUACAGCUGGCGCUUCCUCAACGACUCGCGGGGCCUGCUGGCCGCCAACUGCUCCUCCAGCGCCAUCAACGGCACAUUCGUCACGACGAUCAUCAGCUGCAGUGUGUUCGCGGCGCGGGACGAGCAGCUGGCGGGCGGCGACUACCGGACCGUGCUGCGGCUGCUGGACGCCGCAAACCCAGACGUUUACGCGGAUUCCGAGGUGCGCGUGCGCGCAGAGGGCCCGCAGGCGGCGGCGCAGCGGGUGCCGGCGCCCGCCGUGUCGUACCCCGCGGAGGCGGCCGUGCUGGCCGGCGCCAACGCGUACGCGCGCCUCGCGCAGCCCGCCAACCUGCGGCAGCUGGCCGCCGCGCCGCGCCUCGCCUUCCGCCUGGCCGCCGUCUCGCCGCAGCCGCCGGACGGCGACUCGUCGCCCUUCGGCGUCACCAGGGUCGCCGGGAUCAUCUUCCUCAAGAACCCGGACAAGCUCGAUCCCAACACUACUGUCUACAACGUGACGGUGACGUGGGGGUCAGAGGGGCGAGCGACGGUGAGGGUUUACGUGUUGGAGGGCGCCUCCGAAGCCUGCCAGAACGGCUCGAGGCAGGGCAGGCCCUGCGCCACCAGGAAGUCGCUCGCCGAGUGCAACGCCUUCUGCGGCCUGGGCACCGGCGCCCGCAACUACACCGUCAACCACCUGCACGAGGGCAGGAACUCGACGGCGCGUCCCGAGGUGGCGCCGCUGGGCGGCUGUGCGUGGCGUGGCGCGGAGGCCAACUUCUCGACGGACCUGAUCGCACACUACGCCACCUGCACGCCGGACGUCCGCCACUGCCCGGACGGCUUCUGCGACCCACUGGAGCAGAUCUCUGCCCUGUGUCCCCAGGACUGUGUCAACCUGACGUUCGGCACGGGCAAGCUCGGCAUGGGGAGGCGCGGCCUGUACAGCUGCGUGGGCGUCGGCGUGUGCAACCGCGCCGCCUGCUGGUGCCACACCAGGGCCGGCCGCGACGAGCCGGGGGCGGCAAUAAAAAGCGGGCAUCGGUCGCUGGUUGCAGAGUCCCCGGUGGCGCUGGUGUCUGCGUCCGGCAGCCGCGCCAGCUGCGGCGCCGUCUGCGUGAUGGCCGUCGUGGCGGGCAGCGCCCUGCUGCUGUCCGCCGCCGUCGCCACCCUCUACUGGAGGUACAGGCUGUGCAGACGCGCCCAGUGCGAGCGGAAGCUGGCGGCGGCGGGCGCCGCGGCCGCCUCUGCCUCGGACUACGUGCAGCGCGCGCACUGCCUGCUGCCGCACGACGCCAGGCCGCCGGUGGACCCGCAGUGGGAGUUCCCGCGCUCUCGCCUGCUGCUGGAGAAGACGCUGGGAGAGGGAGAGUUCGGCCGCGUGUUGCGCGCCAGGGCCAUCGACAUCGCCGGCGUCACGGGUGCGACGACGGUGGCGGUGAAGACGCUGAAGGAGGGCGCGGGCGCCAGCGAGCAGCAGGCGCUGCUGUCGGAGUACGAGCUGCUGAAGGCGGUGUCGCACCCGCACGUGGUGCGCCUGCUGGGCGCCUGCACCUCGCCCGCCGGCCCGCUCUACCUCAUCAUCGAGUUCGCCGAGCACGGCUCCCUCAGGAACUACUUACGGAAGAUUCGACAUCUGGAACUGCGUUCCGCCCCUGUGAGCCGAAUCACCCCUCGGGACAUCCUCAACUUUGCCUGGCAGAUCGCUAAAGGCAUGGCUUACCUCAGCGACAUGAAGCUGGUUCAUCGUGAUUUGGCUGCACGUAACGUCCUGGUGGCCUCGGGCGGCGUCUGCAAGAUAUCGGAUUUUGGGCUCACCAGAGACGUCUACGAAGACGACGCCUACCUGAAGAAGAGCAAAGGGAGAGUGCCGGUGAAGUGGAUGGCGCCCGAGUCGCUGUCGGACCACGUGUACACGAGCAAGUCGGACGUGUGGGGGUUCGGCGUGCUGCUGUGGGAGCUGGUGACGCUGGGCGCCUCGCCCUACCCCGGCGUCGCGCUGCACAAGCUCUUCAGCCUGCUCAGGGCCGGCUACCGCAUGGAGCGGCCCAACAGCUGCUCGCCCGCACUGUACAAAGUGAUGAGGCGCUGCUGGCUGGAAGAGCCGUCCGAUCGUCCUUCAUUCAAGGAACUGACGUACACGUUUGAGAAGAUGCUAGAGGACUCAGUGGAAUACCUGAACCUGGAUGCCCUUGUAGUUCAAAACUACGCUUACUUCAACUCAACGACUCUCUCACAAGAUAAACUAAGUACAGAUGGCUUAGAGCACGGAACAAUGAUGACAGUACCACUGGAUGUGAUCAAAGACAUUAUGCCUCCCAGUGAUUCCUGGCAACAAACUGAAUUCCAUGAAGGCCUGUUGCCCAGUUUGACCGAAAAGCAGGAAGAGUCUUCACUUUUCAGUACUGUGGGGAACAGUUAUUUGAGUCCUGUACGAAUAGUCAAGAGUAAAGCGCGCUUGUCACCUUACAUGAACAUGGUUGGAAGAAGUGAAGCAGAAAAAUCAAAGUCAGAUGCUGGGAAGAGUGCCGUCUCCUAUGCGGCUGUGAGUGAGGCUUCCAGCCCUUCCUCCUCUAAUAUGACGACUUUGUAGAGGGAAAGAACACGAAAUAGGAGCUCUAGAAACGAUUCGGGUGACAUCAGUCAAAGUGUAAUACAAUCGUUUUAUGCCGUCAUAAGGAUUCUUUACAACCUUAUUCUUUUAAAGGCUGCGUCUAUUCCAUUUUAUUGCGUGUUAGUUGCUAUUCCUGAAUGUCUGUGUACCUGUGUGUGACCUAUUGGACAACAUACUGCCCUUACACAUGCG